UUAAGAGCAGAGGGUGGAGCCCGGCUCUGAGCUGCACACUGAAGUUUGUGAAGCUGCUGCCCUUCAGUCCACACCAGACGACAGUCCCUGUCCCCUCUGGAGCUGCUCUGCUGAUCCUGCUGUGUCUGCUGGACAUCCUCGGAGCGCCCUGAGCGGAGCCGAGCCGGAGAGAGAAGAGGUGACUGGUCAGGCAUCAGGUGGAGAGCUCUGAGCGGACAGCGCCGUCGCAGGAGCUCAACGGGGGAGAGCUCUCACCUGUGGGAAGCUACAGGCUCAGAACUCCAAAUGCAAAGCGUGGCUUCUCCCAGGGGAACUCUCUCCGAGGAGCAGUUCCAGUGCUCCAUCUGUUUGGACAUCUUUGUCGACCCGGUGUCCACGCCAUGCGGGCACAGCUUCUGCAUGGCCUGCAUCAGAGGCUACUGGAACCACAGCAAAGCGUGCCAGUGCCCCAUGUGCAAGAAAACCUUCCCCGUCCGCCCCGAGCUCUCCGUCAACCGGGUCUUGGCCGAAAUCGCCGAGCAGUUCCAGAAGGGGGGCCAGGGCGGGCCGGAUGGGAGCUACGCGGGGCCGGGAGAGGUGUCCUGCGACUCCUGCAUCGGGAAGAAGCUCAAGGCGGCGAAGUCGUGCCUGACCUGCCAGGCCUCCUACUGUGAGACGCACCUCCGGCACCACCGCAAGGUCAAGACGCUCUCCAAGCACAGGCUGGUGAGCCCCGUCUACCGGCUGGAGGAGAAGCUGUGCAAGAGGCACGAGAAGCUGCUGGAGGGGUACUGCCGCACCGACCAGGCCUGCGUGUGCGCGCUGUGCGUGGAGUCCGGCCACAAGAAGCACAACGUCGUCCCCGUGGAGAGGGAGUGGAGGAAGAAGCUGCCGCAGCUGGGGAAGAAGAAGGCGGAGGUGCAGCAGCUGAUCAAGGAGAGGGUGAAGAAGAUGGAGGACCUCAAGCAGGUGCUGAAGAUCAUCAAAAGCUCGGCGCAGAAAGAGAUGGAGGAGAGCUGGCAGGUGUACUCGGAGCUGAUGCAGGCCUUCGAGCGCAGCCAGGCCGAGGUCGUGGAGGCCAUCGAGAAGAAGCACAAGGCGGCCGAGAGGCAGACCGAGGGGCUGAUGAGGAAGCUGGAGCAGGAGCUCUCUCAGCUGAAGAGGAGGAACACUGAACUGGACCAGCUCUUGCAGACCGAAGACCAGGUCCACUUCCUCCAGAAAUUCCCGACCCUCGGUGUCCUCCCAGAGCACACGGACUGGUCUGACACUACUGUCCAGACGGACCUAUACACAGGGACAGUGAGGAAGUCUGUGACCCAACUGGUGGAUAGGUGCCAGGAGAUACUGAAGCGACUCCAUGGAAAAGAGCUGAAAAGGAUACAGAACUAUGCAGUGGAUGUGACCCUUGACCCUGACACGGCCCAGUGCAACCUGGUCCUGUCGGAGGAUGGCAAGCAGGUGCGGUGCGAAGGCAAGAAACAGCCGUUGCCCGACAACCCGGAGCGCUUCCACAAGGCCCUCUUCGUCCUGGGCCGGGAGGGCUUCAUCUCGGGGAGGCACUACUGGGAGGUGGAGGUGGGGAGGAAGACGGCCUGGACUCUCGGGGUGGCGAAGGAGUCUGUCAACAGGAAGGGGGACAUCAAAAUGAGCCCCGAGAGUGGGUACUGGUGCAUGUGGCUGAAGAACGGGGACGGGUACAAGGCCCUGUCGUCCACCCGCGUCCCCCUCUGCCUGCUCUCCAAGCCCCACCGCGUGGGGGUGUACGUGGACUACGAGGAGGGGCAGGUCUCCUUCUUCGACGUGACAGCCGAGGCCCACCUCUUCACUUUCACCGACGCCUUCACGGAGAAGCUCUUCCCGCUCUUCAGCCCCUGCAUCAAUCAGGACGGCAGGAACGCUGCCCCCCUGGCCAUCCCGGCCCUCCACUAACAGGAAGUGCUCCACAGGAAGUGAAUCACAGGAAGUAACCCGCUACAGCUCAGUCUUGUUGAGUUGUUGUUGUUCUUUGAUGGGAGGACAGUCUUGAAAUUUGUAAUUCAUUUUAAAUUCUUUUCUUAAAAAAUACUUAAAAAGCAAAACAUAAAAAAAACUUAUUCUGUUGUCCUGGUGCUUUCCUUCCUGUGUGAGGAGAUUCAGACUCCUUUCCUAAAACAGAAAAUAUGGACAUGGACAGGGAGUGGUCAGAUCUAUCCUGCUUCUGUGUCUGUGUGUUGGAAGGGAAAAGGGAUUAUAAAAUCAGAAUGCUGUUGACAAAGCGCUAUGCCUGAUUUAUGCUUAACCCCAUAAAAUAACUGUGGCAGAUAAUUGUCAUGAAUUCUGACAGAAUAACUUUUGAAUACCUCAGCCACUUUGGAUUUCUGAAGGCGCUACAGUGACAAAUGAAGUCGAACAGAUGACUUAUUCUUUUAUUCUCACUUACAGCCCUGCAGUCAUGAGGAGUUAAUGAACUGUUUAUUAUUUUAAAGUGUGACUGACUUAAGCUCUAAACCUGGUGUUAAAAAAGGGUGGGGUCAUUCUGGUAUAAGGAAACAGAAUCCAUCUGUCCUCUCUGCUAUGUGAACUAUUUUUUCCUGCUUUUAAAAGCUAAUAUUCAAAUGACGUGGCACCAUGGGAAAUAAACACAGUUUGCAAAAUA